CAGCAGUAGCAGUAGCAGCAGCGACUGCAGAUGGCGACGUUAGCAGGUGCUUUCAUGUGGUCUGGUUAGUCGUUACUCAUCAUUCGAGCCAGGCGGAUAGCAACGUUGCAAUAAAAAUAAAAGAAAAAAAAAAUGGUCGAUGUGGAGAUACGUGAGCUUAUGCAACCCUUUGUGCUAAGCGAUUAUCAGGUGCAAGAGGUGUACACUCGCUUCUGCAGCGAGACAGCAAAAGGAUUGCGACGGAGCACACAUGAACAGGCGAGCACGAAAUGCUUUCCCACAUAUGUGCAGGAUUUGCCCACGGGCGAUGAGAUGGGCAAGUAUUUGGCUCUGGACUUGGGCGGCACCAAUUUCCGUGUGCUGCUCGUUACGCUGAAAGGACACCAUGAUGCCACCGUAGAGUCUCAAAUCUAUCCCGUGCCCAAGGACUUAAUGACUGGACCUGGCGUGGAGCUGUUCGAUCAUAUUGCCGACUGUUUGGCGAAAUUUGUGGCCAAGCAUGACAUGCAUAAUGCGUAUUUGCCAUUGGGUUUCACGUUCUCCUUCCCCUGCGUCCAAGUGGGCCUUAAGGAGGCGAUGCUCACGAGGUGGACGAAGGGCUUCAGUUGUGCCGGUGUUGAGGGCCACGAUGUGGGCCUAAUGCUGCACGAUGCCAUUCAAAGGCGCGGAGAUGCAGAAAUUGCUGUCGUUGCUUUGCUCAAUGAUACGACUGGCACAUUGAUGUCCUGUGCACAUCGCAAUCCGGAAUGUCGUGUGGGCGUCAUUGUUGGCACCGGCUGCAACGCCUGCUAUGUGGAACAGGUGGAGAAUGUUGAGCUGCUCGAUCCGAAUUUCAAAGGCAGUCGUAAACAGGUGAUUGUAAAUGUGGAAUGGGGCGCCUUUGGCGAGAAUGGACAGCUGGACUUCGUGCGCACGGAUUAUGAUCGCGAAGUGGAUCGAAAAUCAAUCAAUCGCUCCGAACAGCUGUUCGAGAAAAUGACCUCAGGCAUGUAUUUAGGUGAAUUGGUGCGUUUGGUAUUGCUGCGAGCUCUGGAGAGGAAUAAGAUCUUUAAGCAGUGCACCAAACGUGCCGCUUUCGUUGCUGUGCUGCAGAAUAAUGUGGAUAUCUUUGAGACGAAACAUCUAUCGGAGAUUGAAGAUGAUUCCUUUCCCGAAUUCCCAAGCACACGACGCAUUGUUAAGCAGCUUUUUGGGCUGGAGAAAGCGUCUGUUGAGGAUUGCCAGAAACUCAAAUACAUCUGCGAAUGUGUGGCCAGGCGCGCUGCAACUUUGGUAGCCAUUGGCAUCAGUGGACUGAUCAAUAAGAUCAAUGACCGUAAAGUUGUGGUCGGCAUGGAUGGCUCUGUUUAUCGCUUUCAUCCGAAAUUUGAUAGUUAUAUUAGGGAGAUGAUGCAAAAGCUGGUCAAGCCGGAUAAGGAAUUUGAUAUUAUGCUCUCCGAGGAUGGGUCGGGGCGUGGUGCUGCCCUCGUUGCUGCCGUUGCCAGCAAAAUGAAAUGAAGCCAAUAUACUCUUUGCCACAUUGUGAACGGGUAUCAAUAG